CUAUUAAUGAGUAGCUAUAUUAAAGUACUACAAGUUAAUGUGAAUCGUAAUAGCUCUACUACUAAAAACGUCUUGCAAACAGUUAUAGAACUGGAUAUUAAAGUCCUAGUAAUCCAGGAACCAUGGGUAAUAGCAAGGGAUAGUAAUAAUCGGAAAUAUCGUUCUAUUAUAUACUCUAGCUAUUUCCAAAUACUCCCGAAUUACGGUACCCUGAGGCCUAGAACCCUAUUUUAUAUAGCUUGCGAACUGCAAGCUAGUCUAGCCUCAAACUUACUAAGUAAUCCUGAUUACUUAAUUAUAGACUUAAGUCUAGGUGUACUAAAAAUGCAGCUAAUUAAUUUCUAUAAUAUAAUUCACCCAGAAGACCCUAAUAGUAUAUUAACUAUAUUAAGAGAGAGCAUUUUACUUACUACUCUCUAUAAUAGCUCUCUAUUACUAGUUUAUUUAAUUAGCUAUAUAGAGAACCAUUCUCUAAGACUAUUAAAUAAACCAGGGGAAGGUACCUUCUAUAGACCUAAUAUGUCCAUUCCUUCCGUAUUAGACUUAAGUUUUACUACUAGUGGAAUAGUAACUAAGAUUAAAGACUGGCAAGUACUACCAGACUUAGGUUCUAAUUACUUCGGGGUUCUAUUUACUAUUAGUAAGUCGACUUAUAGCUCUAGUUCUAAUCUAGUCAGAUUUAAUACUAAGAAAGCGGACUGGGCUAAAUUUACAAGCUACCUUAUUAAUAGCCUUGAGAAUAUACCCUUUCCACUUACUAGUAUACCUGGAAAUCAUAAACUAGACCUAUUAGCAGAAGACUUUACUAAUAGAAUAGUAGAAGCAGCUAGUAAUAGUAUUCCAAAAUCUACUACUAGUCCGUAUUCUAAACCCUGGUAG